GGUCUGUGAUGGGUCUCUAGAGUUCUCUGUCACGGUCUGUGAUGGGUCUCUAGAGUUCUCUGUCACGGUCUGUGAUGGGUUCGGAGGUUCUCUGUCACGGUCUGUGAUGGGUAUGAAAUUUCUCUGUCACGGUCUGGGGGGGGGGGGGGAGUGGGUCCAAAUUUCUACCCCUAAACACUUCCACACUCUUUUAGAUCGUGUUUCACAAAAAGACAAACAAGGAAUCAUUUGAUUUAAUCAUAGAAAGUAAAAUCUCAUAGACUAAAGUUUUUGCAUGUACCAUAUAAUUAGAAUGCAAGAGCACAUUAAGUAUAUUUUCAAAAAAAAUAAUGUUCAAGGCUUAUUGAAACUUUAUAAUAGUUUUCACUUCCGAAAACAUAAACAACCUUUAGAUGAGAAUGGAAAAGAAAAAUUCUAAAGAGAUUUCUCAUUGAGUUUUGACAUGAUUAUUCGAUAGGAAAAGUUAGGUUCUUUCGAUCUAUGCAAAGCCGAUGUUUCUAUCUUAUUUCUUUCGAAAGUUAUAAGAGUUUUCCUGAGACACCCGAUUUUGGCUAAUUGUCAUUGGAUAACCGAAGAAUAGAUCUGAAGAGGGGUGUCGAUUGGGGAUAUUUAUUUUCAGUCGCAAAAUAAUUUGAAAUCACUAUAUUGAAAUUUACACAUUUCAAAUUUUUCUGCUAUGUAUCGUAAAAAGGCGACAUUUCAGAAAUCUCGGUACAGUGGUUUCAAAUUACCUUGCAACUGAAAAUAAAUAUGACCAUUCGACUCAGCAUGGUCAAUUACUCCUCACCAGACUUAUUCUUCGGUUGUCCAAUGACAAUUAGUCAAAAUCGUGGGUCUCAGGAAAACCCUUAUAACUUUCGGUUGUAACCCUCUUCACCGAAAAGCAUUUCGUCGAAAGACUCAUAGGAUGCUUUAGCCUGUUGCGUGCCCUUUAAUUCUUAUAUAAGCUUGUUCAGCAUGAAGAGGUCAACUCAUUUUGCCCUCACCUUCACCUUUGGAGUGCCCUCUGUAGCCGAAAAGGACCUUCGCCGAAGAGCAUAUAUACCGCCUAUUCGAUACUCACCAAACUAGCGUUACAUUUGGAAAAGCCAUAUAUAUAUAUAUAUCAUUUUAAUGGAAAUAAACGUCUCUUUACUCAAGAUUAUAUAUAGUUUUUUUUAAAAAUUUUGGUGUUGGUAUCUAUCGUGUUAAUUAUCCUCAAUCGAUGCUUGAUGCUUUAAUACCAGGUAUACAAGAUCAUACACUUUCUCCUCAAGAUCGUUUUGGUAUUCAAACAGAUGUUUAUGCAUUAGCACGUUCUGGUCAUAUUAAUUAUGUUGAUUAUUUAAGAUUACUUCGUCAUGCAUAUAAACAUGAAGAUAAUUUAACUGUUUGGAAAUCUAUAUUAAAACAAUUAACUGAUCUUAAUUCAAUAAUCGAUUAUGCUCAUAUUGAUAAUAUAAAAAAAUAUUUUCAAACAUAUAUAUGUGAUCUUUUAUCAAAUAUUUAUAAUAAAUUAGAAUGGGAUCCAUUACCAAAUGAAGGUUUACAAGCAGCUAUGCUUCGCGAUAUAAUAUUAAUACAAAUGGGUAUUAAUGGACAUAAUAAAACACGUGAAGAAGCACAUAAACGUUUUCAAAUAUUAUUAAACAGUAAUAAUCAAAAUCAUCAUUCAAUUAAUCCAAAUAUUCGUGCAGGAAUUUAUUUAACUGUUGCUAAAACAGGAAAUCAAGAAAUAUUCGAACAACUUAAAUCGCUUUAUCGUAAAGCUGAUACACAAGAAGAAAGUAUUCGUUUAUUAACUGCACUUUGUCGUUUUGAUGAUGAAAUGAUUCAACGUCAAGCUCUUGAAUAUAUUUGGAAUAGAAAUGAAGUUCGAAAACAAGAUCAUUUAAAGGCAUUUGUUUCAUUAGCAUCACAUAAUCGUAAAGGUUGUGAAAUAACAUGGAAAUAUAUGCAAGAUAAUUGGAAUAAAAUUGAAGAUAUUUAUGGUGAACAUGAUACACAUUUAAUUCAUUUUGUUGAACAUGUACCAAGUCAUUUUGUUACUGAAGAACGUGCAGAAGAAGUUCGAAAAUUUCAUAUUGAUCAUCCAAAUCCAUUAUUAGAUAGACCAGUUAAAAAAGUUCUCGAACAAAUCAAUAUUCGACGACUUGUUCUUGAACGUCAUGAACAUACUAUUCAUCAAUUUCUUAUUACUUAA